AUGGAUACUUUGAUUACAGAGAUAUCAAGUCAGAGCAACCAGCGUCUUGUGGCAUGUUUGGCCACACUGCAUCUCUUCACUAAGAUAAGGCCCGAACUUAUGGUGCAGCACACCAUGUUACUGACGCCAUACCUCACCAUCCGCUGCAAAGAGCCCGCUGAUUCUCACAUUCUGCACUACGUUGCCCGGAUCCUUGAAGUUACUGUACCACUUAUGGAGCAUCCAAGUGAAUCAAUGGUAGCUCAGCUGGAGGAAGAUAUGGUUCGUUUGACACUCCGUCAUGGGAAAAUGGUGCUCGAGUCGUGUGUGGCCUGUCUCGGUGCUGUGGUCAAUCGUGUUUCAAAAAAUUACACCUUAGUGCGCGACUGUUUCUCACGAUUCUUCACUGCGCUUACCCGAUUUCGACAAGAUUUAGCUUCUGAUCCGGAACGCAAGAUUUCAGCCAGCAUGCGACCAUCCAUUUUACGCGCUCUUUUCACUAUUGGCUUGCUAUGCAAAUAUUUCGACGCAGACGUGUUUCAAACAGAUCCGAGGUUAAGCAUCAGGGAUCAGGUUUUCGACACACUUAUGUUUUUUACGGAACAAGUGAAGACAGACCUAGAGAUGCGCAAGAAAGCUCUUUCUGGUCUUGGCUUUCUUUGCACUAGACAUCACGAACUUCUCUGUGGUCACCGUCUCUGUCGGUUCUAUCAUGAUCUUUUACGGUCACCUGGGAUGCCGCAAUCUGCCUACGACAUUUAUAGAGCAAAUUCCAAGAAGUCCAUUCGUCCAAGUGACUUGGUUGAUGCCACCAGUGCUCCGGAAGAUGAGACGGAAAAUGCGGAGAAACGAGAGAGUGAUGACUGCACUCAAUCACAGGAUGACUCUAAUUUGCUUCCCUCUGUUUCAGAGGUUGACAAGCAAGCAACAGAACAACAAGAGGCGAUUCUUGAACUUAAAUGUGUUGUUCUGGGAAAUCUUUUAACAUUUUUUCUUGAGGAAGAGAAGCGCAUGCUGGAGGCAGACGCCAAAUGUUAG